GAAUAUAAGUGGGAGUCUGGGUUGCAUAGUUCGCAAUGAGCUGGAUUUGUCUUUCAAUUCAAGGUUUAUGACUCUGUAUUCAGAUGAACACAUUUACUACCUGCAUUAUAUAACUACUGACAAGCUGUGUGCUCUAGUGAGGAAGACUGGUCUUGUACCACUUUGGCACGGCCCGUAUAAUGUAUUCAGACCACCGUUGUGGUUUAUAAUCAUGGGAGUGUUAGUAUUAAUAAGUGGUAUCAUGUGGGUGUAUGCCAUCAUCAACAGAACAAUUACCGGCCAAAAAGUGAUGGCAUACUGGUACUACCUGCUCAUUGCUGUAAUGACGACAAUGAUUGGAUGCUCACCUAUGAAGAAUAGAUCUAUGAUCAUUAUAAGGAGUGCAUGUUUAAGUGGUUCCAUAUUAUUUCUGGCUGUUUAUCAGGGUCACACAAGUCGAGUCUAUACAACGCUGAAACAUUUCGAAAGAAUAAGUACCUUGGAUGAUCUUUACUCAUUUGGCGCCAUCUUAUACACGACUCCCGGAAUGCGACAAUUCACGAGACAGUUGCAGCGUCCAGGAAACAAACUAGAAGAAGACUUUUUUAAUAGAUCUCGUUUGAUACUCAACGAAAGAAUUGGAAUUACUCUGGAAAUUCCGAGGGCCACAACCCUGGAUAGGAAAUCAGACGCAGAGAUGAAAAUCCUCGAACACUUCUCCGAUAGAGAGGGAAGACCACUUAUCGAUAUAGUCGAUGAAUGUUUUAUGACUUAUUUCUUGUCCUACAUUACACGAUCAGGAUUCCCGUUCUUCGAGGAGAUACAAAUAUUUACACAACGUCUUCUAGAAGCCGGUCUACCGACGAAGUACUACAAAUGGACUCAACAAAUGCUGAAUAUCCCAACAUCAUUGCCGGAAACCCGUAGUGAACCGCGGCCUUUCUCUAAAAUUAAGUUGAAAGACCAACGUGUGGCAUUUUUCGUACUAUUUGCGGGCUCUGCUUUUUCUAUUAUUGUAUUUGCUAUUGAAAUAUUUAAAGGCCCUCCCGUAGAAUUUUAGGACUCUCCCAAGUUUGAAAUGUAUGUGUACUCGCACUAGUAAGACAUAAACUUAGAAGUAAAAAUAUUUGAGAGCACCGUGUAUCUUAGACAUAGUUUUGUCCUUUCAACAUACUCCAUUAUUGAUAUUGUGAAAAAACAUGUCACCUAUAAUUCGAAAGUAAAUAAUUUAUGUACCUAUGUGCUUCGAUAAUAAAUAUAAAUGUGUGCUAUGAA